AUGUCUGUCUCAGCUGUGCAGUCCAGUCUGCACACUGAGGUCCGGGCUCUGCUCAAAGAGAUGAACAGCAGAUGUACUUCACAGAAAGGAUGGAUAAGAUGGAGUCUUGAGAAGAAGCUGGAGGUGGAUCCGUCCUGCAGCGUCUCCCUCAUCUGUGUGCUGGUCAAGGAGCUGGAGAAGAAGCUGAAGAAGAUGCAUAAAACACAAUCCCACGUGCACGUCAUCCCGAUACUGCACACCCUCUACUAUGCAAUCAUUCAGUCAGAUUCCACGAUUCCUCGCAGCCUUUACCAGAGAGUACACGAGUGUUUGAUGAGGCUGCUGAUUUUACCGAGGCCUCACUCUGCUGUGGUCCUGAGCACUCUGAGCAGCGUUCAGACGGAAAUGACCACUCCAGGCUCCUUGCACCAGAGGAGAGUCAUCGCUGAGCAGAACCUGAAGAGUAAGAAUUUCACCCUGCAAGAAAAGGUGUUUGUGCUCGCAGACCCAGAUGUUUUUACUGCACAGCUGGAGGCCACAGUGAGGACGUACCUGGAGGUGUCCGGCCUGUUGAGGGACACACCCACAGCCAUGAAGAAGAAUCUGAUGCUACGAGUGAUGCAGAAGGGUCUGGGGACGGCGUGCAGGAGCUCCACGCUGGCUCAGGCUCUGCAGGCUUUGGACGAUCAGAUGGUGGAGAAACGCUUCGAGGAAGUGGUGCAAGCUGUGGAGCGGAGUGUAAAGCACGGUGCAGGUGGAUGUGCAACGUAUCUGAACGGACUGCAACACAUACAGAGAGACAUGUUAACUGCUGCUACAGAAGGUGUGUGUUCUGCCCGCACCGACGAUUAUCAACAGAGACAUGAAGAAACGUUCCUGCAGGAUCUUUCUCCUCCUUCCUCUGAAGUUACAGAGGAAGACUGUGGCUCCGUGUGCAGCAGGAUGUUGUCAUUUCCACAGAUCAGUUUCCUCCUGUGGACAAACGAAGAGGAUCUAUGGAAUCUGCUGGCAGACUUCUCCCUGAGCUCCGGCUCCAGAUCGAGUGUGGAUGAAGACAAGAAGGACAAAAGAGACGGGUCUGAGGACGGUGGGACCAAGAGACGUCUGAAGGAGAGUGACUUUGGGGACACGCUGCAGCCUCUGGUCAAAAAUCCGUCCAUAGCAAUCUCACGGAGAAAUGCCUGCAAGAAAGGAAACCCAGGAGAUAAGCUGAGACUGAUGAGGGAGAAGAUGGAAAUGCUUCCCGGGAGCCGUCGUGUCCUGAGAGACGACUGCAGGUGCCUCACAGCGCGGGUGGUGGUGAUGGGGGACGACCGAGUGCUCGGACGGCUCAGCAGGGUUCUGCUCUCUAUACGAGAGCGAGAGUCAAAACGUCUCAUUCUGACCAAGAAGCUGAAUCUAGAGUUGUACUACGUCCCCGUUGUCGAUGUGGAGCCUCAGCCCAGAUCACCCGUGAGUGACACCGCCACACCGACGGACUGACUGUCCCUCGCCGGCUUGCUGGGGAGAGUGGAUCCCUGGUACAACAGCAACAUCAACAGUCUGAGAGCCACCAUCUCCAACCUGGCCAGAAAGCACACAAAUCACAGGGAGUCAGAAUCGGACCAAAACCUCUUCCUGUUGGACACCCUGUGUUACUACCUCCGCUGUGGGACGCAGCCAGUGAACCUGCCGAUGUAUUCUGUGAAGAUGACGCGGUGCGGCAGUGACGCGUCCUCUGUGGUGGAGGACGUGUUCGUGUCCCAUCUGGAGGCCGACAUGCUGGAGUUCAGACACCUCAAAGAAAAGUUUCCAAAAGAAUCACUUUGGAAAACACGAGUCAUUAUUAUUAUUAUUAUUAUUUUUUCCCUUUGUGAAGGUGAGGAUUUCCUCUGGGUCAGUUUUGACAACAUUAACCUGGGAGACAACAAAAAAAUCCGAACACAAAACCUCAGAAUCAGGACGAUGGAGGAUCGAACGCUCUGCGUGUGUCUGGACAGAGACUCUCGCAGGACGUACACUGACGUCCAAAGAAUAGACGUCUCUCCGUGCUUGGACCCAGGAUGCAGCCUCCGCUCCAGGUUCAACGUCAGUAACGAGCGAGAGCCGCCGCUGAGCAAGUAUCUGAACAACGUCCUGUCGCUGCCCAUCAACACCUUCAGUGGUGUGACCCC